UAGGCGCCUUACCAAUUUGAUAUUCAUGAUUUGUACUCGAUUUCAAUUUAGUUUAUAUAUUAAUUUUUUAUGAGUUUUCAUGUGAUGACAUGAGCGCCACCCUUCGCCGCCCUCUGCCAAUCCUCCGCUGUCAUCGCAUAAAUUCAUCCGCCAUUAUUCACUACAUCAACCUUAGCCAAAAUGUCAUCGAACUCAAGAAAACUCACGUCCUUAUAAUCAAAUCCUCACCCAAAGCCCAUCUUCUCCGCCGUCUCUUCACCCGGCUGCUUCAGUUUCCACCUGACAAUUUGUUCUAUGCCCACGACCUGUUCGACAAAAUACCCAACUUCAAAAAUCAGUUCACAUGGACUUCUCUCAUUCGCUAUUAUGUUCACCAUUACCAUUUUGGCCAAUCCAUAUCCUUGUAUGCUAUGAUGCAGCAGGCAGGCGUUCUGGAAUCAGCGUUUACAUUCUCGUCGGUGCUCUUGGCCUGCGCUAGUAUACCAGUGGUGUCUGAAGGAAGACAAGUGCAUGCAAGGGUUGUGCAGUUGGGUUUCUUGAGAAACAAGAUUGUGCUAACUUCGCUGAUGGAUAUGUAUGCUAAAUGUGGAUUCAUGCUGGAUGCUAGGAAUGUGUUUGUUGCAAUAGACGAUAAGGAUAUUGUUGCUUGGACUACUUUGAUUCGAGGAUACUGUAAGUUGGGAAUGAUGGAUGAUGCACAGGAGUUGUUUGAUAAAAUGGGGCAGCGAAAUUCAUUUUCUUGGGCAACUAUGGUGGCUGGUUAUGCCAACUGCGGCAACAUGAAAGCUGCGAAGCAGUUGUAUGAUGCAAUGCCAGGGAAAGGUCCAGUUUCUUGGCUUGCUAUGAUAGCAGGUUAUGGGAGGUGCGGCAAAGUCGUAGAGGCCGAAAAGAUCUUCAGUGAAAUAUCAGUACCAGAUGCAUUGUGUUGUGCAGCAAUGGUGACUUGUUAUUCUCAAAAUGGGUAUGCAAAAGAGGCCAUUGAAUUGUACAAGAAAAUGAAAGAAGAAAAUUUGGAACCCAAUGCGGUAGCAUUUGUAGGAGCAAUAUCAGCUUGUGUUCAACUAGGGGAUGUUGAGAUGGCCAGCAAAUUAUCUAACCAGGUUGAAAAAGGGUGCUGUGAUCGGAAUCUCUUUGUCUCCAAUGCACUGAUCCACUUGCAUUCAAAAUUUGGCGAUAUUAAAAAGGCACGAGAAGAAUUCAACAGAACGAAGGAUAGAGAUAUGGUAACUUACAGUACGUUGAUCACAGCCCUUGCUGACCAUGGAAAAGCCAACGAAGCCUUGGAUCUCUUCUCCAAGAUGCAAGAAGAAGGUAUAAAGCCAAACCAAGUUUGUUUCACUGGUGUACUAAAUGCCUGUGGCCAUGCAGGGAUGAUUGAACAAGGAUGCAAGCUUUUUGAACUUAUGAACAAGGUUUUCGGCAUUGAGCCGCUAAAGGAGCAUUAUACCUGCAUGGUUGAUCUCCUAGGAAGAGCUGGUGAGGUUGAAACAGCAUACAGUCUUAUAAAGGGUAAUGAAAGGGCAAUUGAUGCUAAAAUUUGGGGGUCAUUGCUAGGAGCUUGCAAGAUCCAUGGUAAUGUGGAGUUGGGGGAGAUUGCUGCUAGGCAUCUAUUUGAAAUGGAGCCUGAGAAUACAGGAAAUUAUGUGCUUUUGGCAAAUACAUACGCUCAGAGGAAGAAAUGGGAUGAAGCGGAGAGGGUUAGGAAUAUGAUGGCUGAAAGAGGAAUAAAAAAAUCUCCGGGGUACAGUUGGAUAAGAUCUACAUAAAUGAGCAUUUUUCUGAACUAGUUCAAUGUUGUAGGGAUAUUUUUGUGCACAUGUACAUUUGACAGGUCAGUAUUAGUAAACAAAAUAUGUAUUCAGAAAGUUCAAUACAAGGCAAUACGUUCUUCAGGUUGUAAUAGAAGAACCCUAAUUGUUAUUUACAACAAGAACAAAUGAUUCUACCGAUUACUGUGCUAAAUCCAUGUCAGCUCUUCUAAACUCCUAUGUGCUUUAUCUAUACAUGUGUGCAACAUUUCCGUAGAAGCUGUUGUUUCUUCUAUCAAUAUACUACAAUUUAAUAUAUAAGAGAACAGU